GACCAGCCCGUUUGUUGUACGCUUACGAGGAGGCGCGCGAUUCGCUUGAGGACUCAGAAAACCGCCGUGUUCACCGCUUGUCUGCCCUUGUCUCGCCGACUAUUGUACACCUCAGUGCUGUAGUCGGUGUGUUUUGCAUGUUGUGUUCGUUUUAAUGUAAAGAAAGCGAAGAAAAACGUGUGUCUGUACAAGCUGCGGCUCCACGUGCUCAUCGGAACCUACAACCGUUACCACCACAGACGUUUUCUGCGUUUUCUGACGUUUCUCUUUGUUUACGGCAUCUCCCGGUGUUCAGAUGGAGAAACAGCCACUUCCAACUGAGGAUGGCAUGACAGAGACCACGCUGUCGGAGCUCAACGGCUACGUCGGCGAGGAGCACCAGGAAUCCUCAUCCGAGCCUCCUGCCAGAGCAGGGUGGAACAGCAAAGUGGAGUACUUUUUGGCUCAGGUGGGGUUCAGUGUCGGGCUCGGCAACGUCUGGAGGUUUCCGUAUCUGUGCCAUCAGAAUGGAGGAGGUGCUUUCCUCCUCCUCUACGUGCUGCUGAUGAUGGUUGUGGGUAUUCCCUUGUUCUUCCUGGAGCUGGCAGCUGGGCAGGCCAUCCGACAGGGCAGCAUCGGCGUGUGGAAGUACAUCUCACCAAGGCUCGCAGGGAUUGGCUACUCCAGCUGUGUGGUGUGUUUCUUUGUGGCUCUCUACUACAACGUGAUCCUCGCAUGGAGUCUUUUCUAUCUUGGGAACUCAUUUCAGUUCCCGUUACCUUGGAAUCAGUGUCCUAAAGAGAGGAAUGUAACAGAAUGUGAGAAGAGCUCCCCCACUUCGUAUUUCUGGUACCGGAAAGCUUUGGAUAUCACAGACUCAAUUGAUGACACGGGCUCCUUCAACCCAUACAUCACCUGCUGCCUUCUGGCAGCCUGGACCAUUGUGUGUCUGGGAAUGUUCAAGGGUAUCAAGACCUCUGUCAAGGUGAUGUAUUUCUCCUCCAUCUUCCCCUAUGUGGUGCUCUUCUGCUUCCUUGUCCGAGGACUCAUGCUGGAUGGAGCCUUAGAUGGAGUCACCUACAUGUUCUAUCCUAAGCUGGAAAUUUGGGGUAACAUUCAGGUCUGGCGCCAGGCGGCCACACAGGUUUUCUUUGCCCUGGGUCUUGGCUUUGGGUCUAUUAUUGCCUACUCCUCGUACAAUCCAAGGAAUAACAACUGUCACCGUGACGCUUUCACCGUCUCCACUAUAAACUUCCUCACGUCUGUGUUGGCAACUCUGGUGGUGUUUGCUGUUCUUGGCUUUCGUGCAAAAGUCAAGGUCAUGGAUUGCGUUGUCAGUAAUGUGAAGAAGCUGUCGGAGCAGAUUGGCAGCGGUCAUGUGAACGGAAGAUGGAUGCCAACCUUCAACUACUCUGCUUCCAGUUCUGUGGACCUCGAACAGUACAGAGCCUGGUUUAAAGAGCAUGGGAAUAAAAUCCCUGGCAAUUUAACGGACUGUGAUCUGGAAAAAGAGAUGCAGAAGGGUGUGGAGGGCACCGGUCUGGCUUUUAUUGCCUUCACAGAAGCCAUGUCACAGCUGCCCGGCAGCCCAUUCUGGUCAGCGCUCUUCUUCCUCAUGUUGCUCAACCUGGGACUCAGCACCAUGUUUGGCACGAUGGAGGGCAUCCUCGCCCCCCUCACCGACCGCUUCAGGACUCUGGCCAACAACAAGACCAAACUCACAAUUUUCACCUGCGUCAUUGGCUUUGUGAUUGGCCUGCUCUUCACCCAGCACUGUGGGAACUACUUUGUGACAAUGUUCGAUGAUUACUCUGCCACGCUGCCACUCAUCAUCGUGGUGGUGUUUGAGACCUUCAGUGUGUCUUGGCUGUACGGAGCAGACAGGUUCCUCGAUGACAUUGAAGAAAUGCUGGGAUGGCGUCCCAGUGUGAUUUACAAAUACCUGUGGAAAUACAUUUGCCUGCUUGCCAUGCUGGGGCUGCUGGGAGCUACUGGAAUUCGGAUGAUCAUCACACCACCAACUUAUAUGGCAUGGAACCAGGAGGAAGCCUCUGAGAAGCACCUGGAUUACCCAGGCUGGGCCCUGGCUGUCCUGGCUGCGCUCAUCAUAUUUGCCAUGAUGCCCAUCCCCGUGGCUCUGAUCCACGCCCUCUUGCAGGAAAGGUCAACACGAUCGUCUAGAGAGGCACAGACGGGUCAGUACAGCAUCGUCAGCACCAACGACAAUUGCGAAACUCCAAUGACCGACAUGACGCCACUGGACCAAAGGAACGGGACGUCCGCUCCCUGUUCCUAAACGCUGAACUUCCUAACUUGAUGAUACAAAGGACCUGCAGUAGUCAGUUUUCAGUGGGCCACUUGUAAGGACCGUUUAAUGUGACCGCUCUUUAGUGCAGCCAUGGUACAGGGAGUGGAACCAAAUAUUCUUUAUUUUAAUAUUUAAAACCUCUUUUAAUACUUCUAUGAAGCCCACCCAUAUUCAGAGCAUUUUUUUUCAUUAUUUUAUUGACUCUCUUCAAACUGGUUUGUCACGGUUUCCCUAAUGUGGAACACAAACGACUACAACUGUAGUUUGUUUACUUUUUUACAGCAUUCUACUCAACAUCACCUCACACUGCUGUUUACUUCUGCUUGGAGAUGGAAAAUGGAACUGAAAGAUUCCAGUCCCUGAGGUGUAAAAUUGAUAUUGUGAUGCCAAUUGCAAAAAAAAGGUCGGUUUUUAUAUUCUCUGACACAUCAUUUUUUUGUGUAAGUGUUUGUUCUUUUUAUCUAAAAUAACCUUAAAUGUGAUUCACUUGAAUUGGUAGACGUUACUGUUGAAUGUAACCAAACCAAACGCAAGUCACAACAACACAAAUGUGAGCCUGGACCUUAAAGCGGGACAACACAAGGUCACUUACGUGUGAGUAAGACGGUGAACCCUGGCGCUACACAGACGUCCUUGUUCAACACUACACCUACACACACAACAGAAAAAUCUCUUUAUGCUAAACACACGUGUUGUACGAUCCUCUCACUUAUUUUAUUUAAGCAUUAAGAACAACAGGUCUUAAUGCUAAUACAACACCAAGAGACUGUUACACCAAAAACACAUAAAUGCAUUCAGGAUGACAAGUCUAUGUUCAGAUUACCAGGCUGAAGUGGCUCUAAAUCCAAAAGUUCAGAACUAUGUGGUUUCUAGAUUAGAUCUGAUAUGUGGCCAUGCGACAUGAAAGUCAUAGCAGUGUCCAUCAGGCCUUUUGCCUGUACACGUGCACCAAGUGUCGUCGUUUGACGCUCAGCGCAUGGUGUCAUUGACCCGCACCAAAGACGUGCAAGUGUUUUAUUCUCGGGGCUAAAUCUUGGCUUAGGCAUCUGAGAUUUCCUGAUGUCGAUUCAUUGAAUUUUGGUUGUUGAUCACGCAUGUAUUAGAUUAUAGGCGUGUUGUUUGAGAGGACAGAAGAACACUGGUACUCCACCAGGUUCGGACAAAAAUCCAGAAAUGAUUGUCAGUUAACGGGGUAAAAUUUAAACAAAAUUAUUAUUAUUAUUAUUAUUAUUAUUAUCGUUACUGUUGCUUUAAAAAUACAGUGUAAACAUCUUUAAAAAAAAUUGUUGGUUAAUGUGUAAAUAUAAGUGAUCAUAUGUACAAACUGAGAAGUGAUUGGUCUCCUGUUUCUUCUAAGAUCCGGGGUUAACUAUUUACGGGCGCCCAUUGAAUGCAACAUGUAGAUUAUUGACACAGUGAGGAUGUUACCCUUUUCCCCCUCACAACAUCUCACAAUGGUUGGCUGAUGUAAAAUACUUAAAUACAGAAGAGCUGAUUUGUCUGAAGUUAAAUUAUACUCCUCUGAACAUAGCCCACAGUGGCAGCUGUCAGAUAUAGUGUUCUACAUGUUUAUGAGUGCCGCGUUACUGUGCUACUUACGUGAUUAUUAAAUAUAAACUCAGCUUCUUCUAUGACAGUAAACUGAGUGUGGACAAAAUCAAAGUUGGUGCUUUUUAUCAGGAGAGGUUACAAUUUAAAGGGAAUUCUCGCUCGUGUGCCAUUUCUGUGAUGUCACAACACACCAGCACUUAAGUGUUAACUUAACUGUUAUCAUUAUAUUGUUAUAUUGUUUCUCUGGGUUGUUUUUUUUGCCAAAUGUGUUUUGUGACCUGUGACGCCAUGGUACAAACACUGAGGGGACAAUAAUAACAUUUUUACUAAGUAUGUAUAUAGCACUUUCAAUUUCUUCAAGAAUAAAUGUUUUAGAAAGUGAAUCUUUUCCCUUAAGAUGUGAAUCAAAUUGUCUUUGAUACAUAUGUGUAUAUCAUACACAUGAUAUCUUGGGGGAGAUGUAUGUUUUACUUUGGGCUUGAAAGGAAACUCAAGUGCAUGUUUAUUCCCUAAAGGCCUCACACCAGAGAUUUAUUUUUCAUCAUUGUUUCAAUCAUUGUUUUCUCGUAUUUUCUCUUUAGUGUUUUUUUAAAAUGUUGGUAUUAUGGAGUGCCUUCAAACAGAACAAAGUGUUAAACGUCUGUACAAAAAGAUUAAAUUUUACUGUGUAUAUAUAUUGUCUUUUUAAUUAAAAUAUUUGAGCAUGA